AUGGCAACUUGUGUUACAUUUUUUCAUUUUUCUGAUUUUUCUUUAUGGCAUUUUCUAGAGAAACUAUUUAAUGGACCUUUGGGCCAAUUGGAGAGUCACCAUGGCCCUUCCGCUGGCGAACAGAGGGAAACGUUCGCUGGGAGGCUCCUCCCAGCGACUGAUCGCCAGCUAAAGGGUCCUAAUAGAAAAGCAUCGGAGCAUUCUCAAAAAAAAAAAAAAAAAAUAGAAAAGCAUCGGAGCCAAAAUCCAAUCGAAGGCGAAAAAGGAGCGAUGGAGAGCGGCGGCGCCCAAGAAGUCCCGUCGUCGAUGGCUCCGAGGAGCCGAACGACCUUGGGCGACGACAACCCAAUCGAAGAAAAGAGAAGAGGGAUGGGGGGCGGUGGCGCGGAAGCCGUCUCAUCGUCGAUGACUCCGUGGGGCCGCGACGAUCCAAACGAAGAGAAGAUAGGCGGCCCGCAGGCGGUUGCAUCGUCGACGGCUCCCCGGCGCAGGGUAGCCUUGGGCGCCGACGGGCGCCCCCUCGACGGCGUCAUGCGCGGUGAACUGCUUCGCAACUUGAAGCAUGGCGAUGGAUCCAUCUACACAAGCAACAGUUACUGGGCUAGAGUUUAUCGUCUCUACGAUACCAGCGAGACUUGUCUGGAGUCAAUGAUGAUGACGGUGCCUUAUGACAGUUGCAUGCCUAACUGGAGGGUUUGUAAAAGGCAUGCCUAUCGCACCAUGAUGCAGAUAUUCUCGCUGAAGCUAGCUUACACUUCUUCAUAUGUUGGUGGCCCAGUUCAGUUGUAUGGAUACGUGGCUGUCAGAGAUCUGUUGAACCCUAUGCGAAAUUACGUCUUCAACCGUACAAGAAAUGAUCCUUUGGUGGUCGAGCAUGAUGGCUUUAUACAAAUGUCUGGCCCCAAGAGAGGCAUCAGAAUGCAAGCUCCCGUGCUGAUAGAGUUCAAUCUGAAGAUUAAGACAGGAGGAGAAGAAGAAGGUGAUGAUCAACAGGUCAUUGAUGGUGUUGCCAUAUUCGGCGACAGAAUCUCAGGGCAUGCCAGGGUAAACACGCAGCGAAUGGAUGGUGAUGGUGGCUCAGUGGACAUAAAGUUUGCAGUUCUGGAACGUGCCUCGGAGGCCACUGUACAGGUUGGGAUAUCAGAAAUUGAGAAGGGCAGUUGCUUAAGCUUGUGUUUGGCAGGAUCUUACACUAGCCCAUCUUAUGUUUCACAUGGGAAAAUUCAGCUGUUUGAUGGGGUUAUCACUGCGGAGGCAUCCGAGCUAAGCAGGGCCGUGGUUGCUGUGGCGCGAGAUAGUAAGCUGGUUGUAAAACUGAAGCUUAGUCAGAAGGGUGGGUUGGACAUCCAUCGAUGCACUAUCUUCCCGGUUGAAAAGCAUGGAAGUCAGUCCUUCAUUUUCAAUCUUGGUGUGGCCACUGUGGAGGUGAUGGUAACUUGGUCAACAAUGGAUAUUCCCCAAAGUCUUCUUGGGCCUAAUUGCUUUGCGCAUGAGUUCAUGGCAUCUGAGGGCGUUGAGUAUGUCGAUGAAUAAUUGCAGUGGUAAGAUAAAUGGCAGUUCUAACCCACUUUCUGAUGUCUAAUACCAUAAUGUCAAUCUGGACUGUGUACUUAAUGGCAUAUUUGGAUUCUCUGAAACCUACCUGUACGUAUGUGAAAUAGCACUAGUUUGCGGUCCUAAAACUGAGUACAUUGAGUUUUAAAACUAAAGCAACAUUGACACUAUUCACAUCUGAAUUUGUCUUUUUUGUUUCUCAAUGUGCAUUUUGAGUUUGGAGCUGAAAUUUUUAGGGGUUGUAGUCAUAUUCUUUUUGAACAUUCAGAAAUUUUUUC